AUGUCGAUCCUUGAGCUGGAAACAGCUCUCUCAGAUGAAUGCUCACCGCAUAUGUUGAGGAACAUCUGCAAAGGAAGAUGUUUCCCAGAUAAUCUGAGGUCUGAAGCAUGGCGCAUUUGUCUCCGGAUUGAUGAAGACUUGUCUGAUGAUGAUGGAGCACUUGAUGAAAUAUUUGAUCUACCUGAGCAGGAGAUGAUUCGCAAUGACUGCCAGAAAGUGGUUGAGAGAUUAGAAAAUGAUGAAGAGGACAAGGUAGCUGUGAUGUCAAACCUGGAAUCCAUCAUGACACAUCAUUGCAAACUGUCAAGGAUGAGAUACCAGGCUAGCCAUGGCUGGUUAGCCAUCUUGCAGCCACUGCUCCCUCUGAAAUUCUCGAAAGCAGAACUCUAUGAGGCCUUCAACUGCAUCCUCUCGAAUUAUGUACCAGGGGAAUGUGUAGAAGACGGAGAUCCAUUCCACCUUUUUCGCCUGCUACUUCUUUACCAUGAUCCUCAGCUGUGUUCUCUCUUAGAUACCAAAAAGAUCCGACCUGAUCAUUAUGCCUUGCCAUGGUUCAAGACACUAUUUGCUGCUCCAUGUGAUGUGAAGGUUGUACAAGCUCUCUGGGAUGCUUAUUUUUUGCAAGCAGAUCCUUUCCUCCUCUUCUUCAUAGCCCUGGAGUUUGAGCAUCUGUUCAACCCACUCCUCUCAUAUCCAAAUCCAUCAACAUGCCCUGUGGAAUUGAAUUUGAAAAGUGCCCUGUGCAUGCCCAUCAGCCUUGCAGAACUAUUGGAUCGCACUCGAAUCACCACACCUCCCUCAGCCAACAUGGAACAUGUUCGCUUUUUCCUUGUUGACUGUCGGCCUGCUGAACAAUACAACGCUGGCCAUCUCUCAGCUGCUUUUCAUUUGGAAGCUAAUCUUAUGUUGCAAGAGCCUGAAGCCUUUGAAACAGCAGUAAAAGCAUUACUGUCAGUGCAGAAACAAGGCUUGGCUGCUAAGAGUGCUUUCGGAGGAGAACAUUUGUGCUUCCUUGGCUCAGGGAGAGAAACUGAAGAUCGCGUUGUCUACAUGGUUGUUUCAUCCUUCCUUCAACGUCAUUGCGCCUGUGUAGGAAUGCUUGCAGGUGGAUACAAAGCUUUGCAUAGAACCUUGCAAGACUCCUUGAAUGAGACUCUGGCCAACCACAAUGAGGCCGAAUGCACUGAGUGCCUUGCACAUCCAAGGCAAGGGAAAGCUCAAGAUGGAGCCAACUUUUUCCAGAAGUCUUCUUCCUUCUUUGACAAGUUGGGGUCUGCUUUGAAGAACAAGGGAGAAGAGAUGAAGGGAAAAUUGGUGGAUUACAUCACCAAUCCAUCAGGGUCUGAGUCAAACGUAGUGCGUCAUUAUUUCUUACAUUUCUGUCUUAUGUUUUGCAGCAAAUUGCUUGUGACCCCAUCAUUUUUGUAUGGUUUGAGAGAGUUGCCAAACCAGAAAGGCACAGCUCUGCUGUCAGUAAAGAGGUCACUCUCAAAGAUUGUGAAGAUCACAUCCAGAAAGUCCAAACCAGAAGUCAUCACAUUCAAGUAUGGAGUCGCCACUGGAGAAGAAUUCAUCAUUACUGAUAUGGACAAGUUCAUCAUUCCUGAUGCAUUCAAUGCAACACGAAUCAUCAAACUGCAGAUAGUGAAGCUCAACCAGGAUGAAGAGUCUGAAGAGACCAGUGAAGCACAAAAGAAUGAACCCCAAAAUGAAACGUCACUCCCUCCAUCAAGUCAUGAGCCAGAAUCUAAACCAGAUUCUGAAGCUAAGCAGGACCCACCACAAGAUUUGCAAUUGACAAAUGAGUCAUCUGAACAGCGCUCAGCCACCAGCUCUGUGUCUGCAUCCAGCACAACAUCAACUGGAUCUUCUUCCUCUGGAUCCAGCUCCUCAUCUUCCAGCGAUUCGUCUUCUGAGGAACAGUCAUCAGUGUCAACCCGCAGCCGGACCAAGAGUCGGGAUUCCAGUCAGGAGUCUGAUGCAGGGAAGAGGAGUCCCAAACGAAAGGCACCUGCAAGUGCUUCUGCCCCUUCAGGGCCCAAGAAACAAGAUGCUACAGCCACUCCAACAAAGAAGCCCCAGAAGACUGAGACUUGGAGCAAAAAGCCUGUUCAAGCUGCUGUGAAGAAGCCUGUUCCUCGAAUAGCUAAGAAAGAGCCUCGAAACCUUCUCAAGAAGGCAGAAAAGGGUAAGGUGUUGAAAGAGAAGAGCAUUUUUAGCCCAGACAACAGCAGUGAGAGUGAUUCUGGAAUAAAAGAGCAAGUGAAACAAUCCAAAACUCCACCACCAGUCUUUGCUCGCAAGUCUGCUCCUCCACCCACACACAAAUCUGCAUCAUCCACAUCAGAUGAAACAGAGAGAGAUUCUGAUGGAGAAAGGAGGGCUUCAACCCCUAAGAAGGGAAGCAAGAAUCGGACAGAGGAAAGGAAGGGUCGUGUUGAGCAGAGGAAGCGAGCUCAUGCUCAGAUGCGUCCCACAGCUCGGCCAAAAGCAGCACCCUCAAGUGAGGAGAGCGAGGAGGAAGCUCGCUCCCCAACCCCCGCCAAGAAGGUCACCAGGUCAUCCAUUGUCCGAAAGAGCAAAUUGAUCCAUGGCAGCCCUGUCAAGAAAGAUGACAGUAAUUCAGAAUCUGAAACAGAGGGAGUAGCAUUGACUCCACAUGGAAAGAAGCCACCAGUUAAGUCCACUGUGAAGUCAGUACCUGGGAAACGAGGCAGCAAGAAGGGUAACAAAGGUCAGAGCAAGACCAAGAAUAAGACUCCCAUUGUACAAGAACAGUAUCAUCCCCUAAUGAUGGAAGAACGCAAAUGCCCUGUUCCUGGAUGCGACUCCAAGGGCCACAUGAGUGGAAAAUUUGAGAAGCACUACCUUCCAUCUUCAUGUCCACUGUUCCAUCAUCUCACUUUUGAGAUGUGCAUUCGGGAGAAAGAUGAGAGAGAGGAGAAGGACAAGAGUUAUCAAAAGCUGAUUGAACAGCUUCCAAGGAAGGUGCCAGGGAGAGACCAUCGUACGCCAGAGCAACGGGUGUACGUCGAAAAGGUAGCCGAAGGACGUUUAGAAAUGAGCAAGAAGAAGGAGAAAGCUGUGAAUUCUGAGCGUCCCCCAGGUGAUGGACCAUCACUUUUGGGGGGCAGGGAUCGACAGCCACCACUUGAAGGCCUCACAUCUGACUUUGAUCUCAAACUCUUUCAAGAGGCACAGGCUGCUGCCAGUGAGGAUCUGGUGAGCUAUUUCUUCUUCCUCCAACUUGAGCAGACCAGCCAAAUACAUGAGAAUGAGGCAUGUAAAAAAGUCGAGCCAUGUGUGAUCUUACAGGAGCGUGAACUGGAGGGGAAAGGUGUGUUUCGAGGGGUCCAGUUUGUGCAGAUUGGGAAGUAUGAGAUGGAGACCUGGUAUCACAGUCCCUAUCCAGAUGAAGUGGUCUUCCUUCCAAAGAUUUACCUCUGUGAAUUCUGCCUCAAGUAUCUGCGCAGCCAGAACAUGCUGCGUCGUCACAUGGACAAAUGUGUCUGGCGACACCCUCCAGGAGAUGAGAUCUACAGGAAGGACAAGCUUUUGGUCUGGGAAGUAGAUGGGAAGCGCCAGAAGUCAUAUUGUCAGAACUUGUGUCUCUUGGCCAAGCUGUUCCUGGAUCACAAGACCCUCUACUUUGAUGUAGAGCCUUUCCUCUUCUACAUCAUGACUGUUGCAGAUUCCCAUGGUUGUCAUAUCACUGGGUACUUCUCUAAGGUCAUGUCUGAUGUGCUACCAAAACAUUCUGUUAGCGAUCGUUUCGGAGACAUUGCCUACUAA